AUGUAUCUGCCAGACUCAUCAUUUCAAAAUGAUCCCAAUUAUGAAUCUGCAGUGCAGGAUAUCGAGCAGGAGAAGAAGAUGGUGGCUGCAUUGAAACGAUUAUCCAUUGGGAAUUUGAUGCAGUACGACCCAGAUCUCCCCCCUGGGUCCAUGGAUGAUGUAGACCCAUUUGCUACAUCUAGUCAUUUACAACCAGGGGGCACUGAGCUUUACGACGAAGAACUAAUACCCCAACAUACACGAAACGCACAUCCGCGUAGUUCGUCCUUAUCUUCAACCAGUGGCUCACCAACGAAAUCCCCUUCCAAAUCACCCACAUCUUCCACAUCUUCCAAAAGAGACGAUUUGGGAAAAUCGCCGGUCAAAAGUCAUAGUUCAAGUCCGGGUAGAAAUCAUAAUUUACAUGCACCAUCAUCAUUCACUGGUAAAUCGCCGAGUCCAGUUAAACGACGCAGUCUAUAUAUGGACAACGACAGCAUACUAACCACAGAUGAGGAGUUCUUUGACGCUUCAGAAGACCAAGUCUAUGAUGCAUCAAAUACUGUGUGGUUACCGGCUGAAUUACACCCACAAGUCAACCCGGAAUCGUUCAAGACAUUGAUCAAGCAUCAAGUCGAAGAUAUCAAGGAUCGAAACCUCAAACGAAGAUCAACAAUUUCGAGACGGUCAACUUUAUCUCGCCAACCAUCCAUCGCCGAUCAUGAGGAAGAGCCAACGACAACAAUUAGGGUCCAAAAAAAUGCAUUACAAGAACCAGUGCAAGCUAACCAAGACCAACAAAACGGUUCCCUUUCUAGAACACCCUCAUUAAACUCAUCCAAAUCAGCAUCACCACCAAAAGAUCCAACAAAACGCGAAUCAUGGUACAAUAAACAAAAGAGGUUUUCAAACCCUUCAUUAAAAGAGUUGACCACGGAGCUACAACAAUUGUCGAAAAUGGCAGGCAUGGACAAAAGCGAUGCUGUGACGAUUGCCAGGACAUUAUCAUCAAACUCGUUGGGAUAUACUGACGUUGAGAGAUUGGCAAUUGAUGAGUUGAAUAGAUCCCCACCUCAUGGCGACACAAGUGGAACCUCAAACACGUUGCAUUUACAGCAAAGAUUACAGCAGCAAUUUAAUCAGUCGCUAUCAGGGGAGGAUUUAGAUGAGGAAGAGGAGCCAGCCUUUUAUUCAAACACUUUACCCCUUCAGGAUCUACACCGCGAUUUUGCAUUAAAGAGGAGUAGAAGGACUGAUUACAGGAAGAAAGAUUCUGAGUUUUCAGCACUGCCAGAAUCUCUGCCAUUGAGUAGAAAAGAGCAAAAUCACCACGGCAAGCCAGCUGGACAAAGAGCGUACAAAACGAGGGACUCUCAAUUGUUGUUUAGUUAUAAAAAACUAGAUGCUGACACACAUUCGGAGAAAACGCAGCAGAGGGGACAAGUGUCAUCUGAAUACCCACUUCACACACUGAACACCUCGUUCACCAACUCUCGAGGAACUCCCCCUGGUACUCCAAUUUUUGAAAACAGGCUACCCUCCCCAAGACAUACGCAACGAGAUCCUCACUAUUCGAAUAGAUACCCACAUGCAAGAAACCAGGAUCAACAUACCCCACAAAUACAACGGCGAGACAUUACUCCACAAGGGAAUGUACAUCCGGAUGAACGCCAGUACCCCCUGCGUCAACAAUACCAGCAACAUCGCCAAAGCCGUGAUGCCAAGCACUUGCCAGAUUUGCCUCACCAGCAGCGUCAGCAGCACUCACCAUACUUGUUGCAGGGUCAACGUAAUCGAUCCCCCUUUCAGCAUGGCAGUCCAGUUGGGGAGCACUUCAGUAGUCGCCAGGAUUCUCAUCAUUUGUCACACAACAAGGUUAAGAACCCAUUCCCCACACAACCACAAGUGAAGUCUACUGGACCUCACCACCAAUUGAAGUCGGAGAAGAAGCUCAUGUCGGCAUCCAACACUAAUAUCAAUGAUUUUAUGGUGGAAACCCCUACGAAGCAGUCCAGACACCACCAUCACAGUCUUACGAACAAACACCACUCACGGCAGUCUUCACAAAGGCCGCAACCGGAUGUGCCAAUGUUAUUUCCCAGCUCCAAGGAUCCUCAGAACGUUCGAUUACAAAACCAGGUUCACCCGCAGCAGCAAGUAAGUACUGAACUCAAAUCUCGCUCAUCUUUACGACCAAGUGGCUCUGUUCCUCCUAGGUCAAAGCAGUUACAUCAAAACUUGGAUUUAUUAAGGUCUGAGAUUAACGAGUUCAAAGAGAGCUUGAACAAGGAUAAGCGAUUACCAGAGCGUCAAAGCAAUGCCAGGUUAUCAUCGCUGCAGCAACAGCAGCAACAGCAACAGGCUUCAACUCCACUGCAUUAUCAAGUUCGACAAUUGUCCAAGCAGCAGCAACAACAGCAAAAUUACCCUUAUCAGAAUCCGCCUGAACAAGUACCUGAAUCGGAGAUCAGCUUUGAUGUUAGUUACCAGGACUUAUCUACUGAUGAUCCAUUAGGUAUAGAACAAGAGGCUUUGCGUGAAUUGGGAAUGAAAAAGGAUCAUCAUGGAACUUAUGGUGUAGUUUCUGCUGGAUAUGACAAGACUGGUACGAUUGACGCACAUACCCAGACCCAAAACACCCUCGAGCGUGAACCACCAAUUAAACAGUCUACACCAGAACAUGAUCCGCCACUUAAGCAAUCUACACCUGAACAAGAAGAUGGUAAUGCUAAUGAUGAUUUGUUUGCAAAUAUACCAGAUGUUGAUGUUGAUGAUGACUUCUCUGAUUUGGAUGAUGAGCCAAUUCUUGUUCCAUCUGCAGUGGACUUUACAGAUGGCCAAGAGUUGCAUGGCCCACCAUCCGGUGAUACUUUUAAGGAUGUAUUGCAGUUGUCACGGAGUCAAUCUCCACUGACGCCGCCAGUUGAAGGUAAACUAGAUGAACCAUUUUUGAAAAACUAUACCCAAGUUCAAUCUGAUACUUCGUCUCGUGUUAAAACGAGCUCCAAACCAACUAAAGUCAACACCAAGUUAUUCAAUAAAGGUAAUGUACAAAUUAUCGACUCGAAUAACUAUGAAGAGAAAAUGGGCAUGAAAAUGGGCACGAAUGGUGACGAUGACAAGAAUUUGAAAAAGAAAAAGAGUUUUGGAAUUUUGAGUGGUGGUAAUAACUUAACCCCUCCUACGUCUAGUGAACUCGCUGCAGAUGGUGACAAAUCAUUGAGGAAGAAAAAGAGUUGGAAUUGGUUGAGAGAAAGAUCGUCAAGUUUGUCGUCUAUUGAUUCAGCACAGCAGCAAGCACAGGUAGCGACUGAAAAUACCACUGUUAACCCAAAAGUACCAUUGUCAAAGCGAUCAUUCUCCAACCCUGAAAAAUCAUCGAGCAAACGUGAGAGAGAAUCAAAUGUCCGAGUUGGAGAGAAACUCCCUCAAGGUGAUGCCACUUCGGCACAUAAUCCAGAUAAGGAAAAUGUCUUGUCAAAGUUGUUCAAAAAGAAGUCGAAAGCUAAUUUGUCCAAUGCCAGUUUACCUUCAGUGCAUUCACAAGAAAGUAAGGAUUCUGGAGUGACCGUCAAUAGUCAGGAUCCUAACUAUGACUCUAAUGAUCCGCGUGGUUUGAAGAAAAAGACAAGUGGGUUGUUCAAGAAACGUUCAAAGACGAAAUUGGUUGGCCAAGAGGGAGGUGCCAAGGUGUCACCACCAGCACCUUCGUUGCAGCUGAAGCAGACUCAGAUGGUUCAAUCCUCGUUGAGAAGGAAUAGCACUGAAAUGAUCCUGCCGCAAUCGAGUAAUAAUGCAGAGAGCAUUGUCAGCAGCGUGGAGUCAGAAGCGCCACUUUUGCAAAACUUGAAUUUGGAAUCAGUGAGAGUGGACAAAGCGGGAGGUGAUGAUGAUGCUAUGCGGGAUGCCGAGGCAGCUUCGUUUGGUACCAAUGCCAAUGAUGAAGCAGCAGCUUCUGCGCAAGAAGAAAGAAAAGGUUUUGAUGAGGAUCGCAAGUUGGCAAAUAUCGAUAUCAAUAGUCUUGAUUCUAGCGAUGACAUUGCUGAAAAUACAACUGAGAAUGGCUUAAAGAGUAAGAAACUGACGGUUAAGAAACAUAAGCGGUACCGUCAUAGGAAGAAGGAAAAGCCAAGUGGAGUCACUGAAGAAGUUGCUUCAAAUUCAAGUGAAGGCAAGGUUUCGGUCUCCAAUGUCGAAGAUCCAGUUCUUGGAGAGAAAAAGGCUGUUUCUACAAUUGCCGUUGCACCACUCGCUGAUGCCAAAAGUGGUGAAGUUAAUGAAGAUGGUAAUCCUUCAGAUGCUGCAUUGACUAAAGAGCAACAACAAUUGGCCAAGAUUGACAUUCAAGAGAAAUUGAAGAAAUCCAUCAAACGUACUUCCAAAGCCAACCAGCCGAUUGAAUUCACAGACUCGGCAUUUGGAUUCCCUUUACCUCCACCCUCACAAUCAACAAUCAUUAUGCUCGAUUAUCGGUUCCCAGUGCAUGUUGAACGAGCAAUUUAUCGAUUAUCGCAUUUAAAGUUGGCCAAUCCGAAAAGGUCGUUACGUGAACAGGUAUUGUUGUCGAAUUUCAUGUAUGCGUAUUUGAAUUUGGUUGAUCAUACUUUGCACAUGGAGCAACAAAUGACUGGUGCAAACGAAGAAGAGGAAGGAGAACAAGAGGAUGCACAGGACGAUAAUGCAAGUGACGAGGAGGAUGAAACUAUGGUAGAUUCUGAAGGAGAAGAUGCUGAUGUAGAUGUUGUUGAACGGGAAGAGGAGGAACAUGUGAUUGAUCAUUUUGGUACCGAUAGUGGAGCAGAUGUUGAUUUUGGCGAAGAUGUGGUUGAAGACGAUGACGAAUUUCUCACGGGUUUCUCAAGUAGAAGACGUCGAGUUUCCAUGGGCAGUGGUGGAGAAGGAGUAGAUGGGGAAUCGCUCCCUGCCGAGGAGCGAAUUAGACUUACUGCAUAG